AUGUCGCCCCUCACCAAGAAAUGUCGUCCCCUUAAACUUAGGGUACACGCUGUCCAGGCUGUCCUGUCAGGCUGUCCUACAUUGGAAAAGAGAUUGUGCCUGUUCCGCCAAAACCAAAUGGAGAAGCUUAUUGCAAUAAUGAAACACGAGACAAUGACUUAUUCGCCAGCCCAAUCAGUCACAUCAAUGCGUCAACUUAUUUCAGGAUUCAAUCAUCCAUCGACUUUCGCUAUGACAAGAGCCUCCCAUGCAGAAUUUGAUUCUGAUCUCUUGAUGCCAUGUUCUGUUUUCCCCGUUUGUGACUUGCCUCACAAUCAAGGAUACGGCUCUGCAGCCAAUUCUGUAGGUAAAUUAUCAUCUCGAUUUUUACAAGCCUUGGAACUCUCAUUCCUCAAAGGAACUCCUGCCAGCUUUGAAUCUGCCAUUAAAACAUUUAACGCGUAUAGCGAUACAAAGGGAUCUGACAAGAUAACAUCACAAUCAUGGUCUACUUUGAAAAGAUUUGUUGACGAGUUGCAGUAUACCUUAAAAGAAAAUCAAACUUUGUCCCCAGCAACUGUUGCAACCAAAGUCAGUUUUUCGACAAUUGCAGUCGAAGCUAGCACAGCAGUUUCAUUAGCCAAUCAAAGGAUUAAGAAAUAUGUACUUCAUCGUUUACAAAUAUUGUAUAAUGGCCGCUAA